AUGUCCCUCCCCGCCCCCCACCUCUCCAACCCCCGCAUCCCUCCCCCCGAAGGGGACGAAGACCACACCCAGCUCGCCCUCAUGAUCGCCGGCGAACCCUACCAAGCCAACGACAAGUAUCUUGACCGUCUGCGAAACCGGGGCGCUAUCAAGCUUGAUGAAAUUGUCAAAGUAGCGGAUAUGGAUGAGAGGAUGACGUUGUGGAGGGAGUUUGGGAAUGUGGGGGAGGAUGUGUUGGUUGUGCAGCGGUUCUUUUGCGAAUAUGGGUUCAAUGUGCAUUUCAAGGGGGACAACUUUAUUGGAGCGAACUGCACGUUCCUCGAUAUCUGUCCCAAUACGUCGCUUCUCCAGACAAACACGUGCCCUACUGACACCUUUGCAGUCACCAUAGGUCUCCACUCCAUGGUCGGUCCCGACGUCAAAAUCUAUACCCCCGACCACCCUCUCUCCCCCGAAGAACGUUCUGGUCUCUCAGGCAAAGAGUGGGGCAAACCUAUAGUCAUCGAGGAUAAUUGUUGGAUUUGCGGCGGAGCGACGAUCUUGCCGGGUGUCACGAUUGGGAAGGGGAGUACGGUAGGGGCGGGGUCGGUGGUUACGAGGGAUGUACCGGAGAGGAGUGUGGUGGUGGGGAAUCCGGCGAGGGUGGUGAAGAAGAUAUUGGAAGAUGGGACGGUUGUAAAGGCUUGA